UGAUACAGAUUAUACAACUUCCCGGAUAAUGACGUCAGUAAAUUUAUUCGCCAUUUUUCCUCAAUAAAUUUACAUUGACCGCUUGUAAUAUUUAUGCAGUUGGCAUCAGUUAGUACUGUAGCACUGCAAACAGAUAACCUAUAGCACCAUGUCUGCUCCUCAAAAUACUCAAUCAGUACCGGGUGGACCCCCAGCGUCCGGGUAUGGAGGAACAGCUGGUUCAGGUGGACCCCCACAACAGCCAUAUCAGUCCAGUAAAAGGCUUCAACAGACACAAGCACAAGUUGAUGAGGUUGUGGAUAUUAUGAGAGUAAAUGUUGACAAAGUGCUGGAGAGAGACACAAAAAUCUCAGAGUUAGAUGACAGAGCAGAGGCAUUACAGCAAGGAGCUUCACAAUUUGAAGCAAGUGCAGGGAAAUUGAAGCGAAAAUUUUGGUGGAAAAACUGCAAGAUGAUGAUAAUUUUGGGUAGUAUAAUAGGAAUAAUUGUCAUAAUUAUCAUUGUAUGGGUAGCUACUACCUAUGGUUAAAACAUUUUGGGCAGUGGAGGAUAACAAAUGAGGAAGGGGAGAAGAAAGGAAUAAGAAACAUUUUGUUGUAGAUAGUUGUUAACAGUCAUCUCAUCUCACUCUCCAUCUUACGAUCAUAACACUAGAACUAUUGAUAUACAAAGUCCUACACAUUCCAGGAUCAUUGUUAGAGUUUCUUAAACUUAACAUUAAGCUAGUAGCAUGAGAUUUGUCCAUUCAAUUUAUGUUUUUUUUGUUAGCGAUUCUUAAACUUAACAUUCAGCUAGUAGAAUGAGUUGUGGCCAUGCAAUAUAGUUUUGUUUUAUUUAUAUUUAUAUAAGAAACAAUUAAAUAUUCUUGACUAUUGACUCUUGAAUGUCACAAAAUAGUCUGAUCAUGGUUUUACUAACAAUUUUGAAAAAAAUACAUUUUCUCUUUGAAACUUUGUUUUUGCCCUUUACAGUAAAUGACAGUAAAUUUAAGUAUCAAAAGAACAACAAGACAUAGUACUAGUAAGAAAAAUAUGAAUGUACAGGUAAGCUAUUUCAACCAUUGUUGAAAGCAAUGAAGCAUAUUGUGGAUCCAUUUAUUUAGGCUGGUAUCUUUUUUCCUGGAUUGAGGAAAACUUGCAUGUUCAUGGAUAUAUAAUUUCAUGGUUUGGGCAAAGUCUGCAUUCAUGCCUUUAGAAUAUAUGUUAUUGGUUGAUUAUUUAAAUUUGUGGUUCAUCUGUACCCACGAAAUCUAUGAAAAUUGGUAUCCAACAAAUAUGAAUGAAUCCAUAGUAUACACAGACAUUAACUAUAUAUAUUCAUAACAUGAUAACUAUUGUCACAAAGAACAUAUUAUCAAGGAGUUAUUUAUUUCUGUUGGCAAAUCUUUUAUUUAGUGGAUGCUUAACUCUUUAAUGCUGUAGUAUUUAGUAGUGUUAGAUAAACAUUUUGUUCAGAAACAGUGUAUAAUUUGAAUCAUUUAUCAAUUUGCCAAAAUCGUUUAUGAUUACGCAAUUUCAACUUGUCUAUAAAAGUUGCUAAAUACUAAACAGCAUUUCACACAAAAUAUGCCUAAAUGGACAAAGAUAUAUACUCAACAUCUGUAGUAAAAACAAUUCAACAAUUUUACAUUUACAAGAUUAUUUACUGAGAGAGAAUUAAAACUUAAUUGAUCUCCCUAUCUGACCUCAAAAUAUUUAAUAGCCGAAAUAUUUAAAAUAAGGAAGCUGAUGAAAUCAAUAAUAAGGAGCAUCCAACCAUUUAUUUUGUUACUGUGAUUUUCUUGAUCUCUUUGAAAUGCCAAUUGAUCAUUAUUAAGAUUCUUCAUUAGGCUUUGAUGAAAGUAUUCCUUUAUUUCCAAGAUUAAUUCAAAAUUGUUCAUGAUGAUAAAGUCAUACUGUUAUAACUGAGUCUAUGCUUACCAAUACCAUCUAUUAUGACAAUGGAAGCAUAUCAAAGGCCUCGUCUAGAAACACACUUUAAAUUAUGUUGAUACAUUCUUUCAAACCUUGUUAUUAUUUGGUUUGAUUUGCUUACUUGAUUUAAGUGAGUUGGUUGUGAUAGUGAAAGAAAAAAUGUAUAAGUUAAAAAAAAAUUUUUAUAGUUUAAAAAAACAUUUUUAUAAGUUACAAAACAUUUUUAUAAAAUAGAAAAACAUUUUUAUAAGUUUAAAACAUAUUUAUUUAUUAUCAAGGUGUUUUGUGCUGUUGAUUUUCCCUUCAAGGUUUUUAAACAAAUCUGUAAUUAUCAAUGUGUGUGGUCAAGUAGGAUAAUCUUAAAGAAAUACAGAUAUUAAUUUUUGAUAAAAGAGCAAAGUUAUCUAGAUGAAAUAUUAUUAACAUAUAUAUAUGACCAUUAAUAUUUAUACUCUGGACUUUUUCUAAUAUAGGUUAUUCUUUUUUUAUUUAAUGCUAUUUUAAAUAUAAAGACUUGUAUUUAAUUUGAUGAAUUUGAAGCAAAAUUAACAUUUUAAGAUACGCAAACAAAUUUAAUACUUUUGAACAAAUUAAUAUACCAUAUAUCAUAAUUUAGUACAUGUAUUUUUUAAGUUCUUGUUAGCUUCAGUGUGGUUAACACAAGUAAAGAUAUGAAUGUUAUAAUUUAUUGUAUGCUUUCAAUUGAAAGUUUAUUGUUAAUUUUUAUGACAGAUUAUUUAUUGUUGAUCCAGUGCUUAUUAUAAUCAAUACUGUAAUUAUGUACAUUUAUAAAGGCUGUAUUUAUUUGCUUUAUGUUCAAUACAAAUCUUUGUGUGUAAUUUGUUUAAGGGAGAUACGUCCUUAGCCAAUCUUGGUAUCUUCAAACUCUUUAAUAUCACAGUUAAUCCUACAAAUGGAGAUACCUUCAAUUCUAUCUUGUUAUUUCUUUUUUAUUUUAAAUUUGCAUAUAAACAUAAACUUGUGCUUUUGGAAUGGAUUAAAAGAAACAAUUUUGCAGGGAGGAAAGUAAUUUUAGUAAUAUUUUUAACCUUCCAGGAGAAAUUUAACUGAAAUACCCUUUUCCAAAUCAACAUUCAAUAUAUCUGUAUAAUUCACAGUAUAAAAAUUAUUAAUGUUUGAACAUUUCCUUUCAAAAGUAAGUAUAUAUGAUGAAUAUGGAGGAAAAUGAGUUUGACAACAUGUUUCUCAUUAUCUAUCCACUAUUGUAUAUAGUAUAUUAAUAAACCUCAUUCACAGAAAUCCUUUCAAACCUUAAUAUGUAUUGAUGAACUUAUGAUCAGAUGUCAAGCUGUGUGCUUUUUAUCAUUGGGCAAAUAAUGUUCAUUUGGAAUCAUAUGUAUAGAAAAAAUAAAAUUGAAUGUUUAUAUGAGGAGAUAUUAAUGAUGUAAAACCAUUAUAUUUAAGUUAUUGAUAAGAUUACAGCUAUUGGAAAAUAAUUACAAGAAUGUUUGAGGAAAAUAUUUUAAACCCAAAUUUCUGUUAUAUUUAGUAUAGACUCAAUAACAAAUUGUUUCAGUUCCAAGAUAUACAAGAUUUUUCUGAUUGUUAAAAAAAAAAUACCUGAUAAUUUUAAUGCCAACAGUUUUUGACAACAGAAUAAGUUGAAGAUUUUACAGCAGUCAUUCAGAAUAUCUCUCAGACAUUACUCAAUUUCAACUAUUAAAGUAUCUUAUUAAAAGCAAAUAUUAAUAGAUCCUAAAUUAUCUGAUUAACUGUUGUUCAUGUUAUUUAAAAACAUUGAUUGCAGAGUUUUCAGUUAAAAUAAAUGACCAUGUGAAUCACUUUUUUCUGCAUUAAUGAAAAUGAAAGUAGAAAGUGAAACUAGAGAUAAUCGGGUCCAUUCUUUACAAGUCAUUAGAUGGUGCAAUGUUAUUAAGUAGUCAGUCCCACUUCAUUUAAACACAUCAUCAGAAUAGAGUGUAUGUAUAUUUACUUUUUAAAGAAUUACAUAUAUAUGUUUAUCACUAAGAUAAUUUUGUAGUACGUAGCAUAUUCUUGUCCUAUUUAUUUUCAUGUAAAUUUUUAAGUGAGGAUUUGAACGUCACUGAUUUAUAUCAUUCCAAUUGUAAAUUUGUAUGAAUGUGAUUAUUUUGAAUGUACUCUGAAAAUGA